UCCACUGAGCUGAGUUGGCCUUUCCUUCUGGGUCUGUCCCUAUGUCCCCUGGGUGGGGCUAAACUUCAGGGUCUGUCCUGGCAUUUGGCUGGCUGAGACAGAGGGGCCGAAAGGCAGGCUUCCCUUGCCCAGAGUGGGGGCUCUUAUGCAGAACUCCCCCAGACAUCUUCUUGAAAGAAAGAAGAGUCCUGAGAGAAAACACAGAAAUACAGAAAAAUCGAUACUUGCCAAUAUCGCCCCUGAACAUAAUCUUCAUAGAGUGGUGAUUACCAUUGUCAAGAAGCAGGGUAAUCAUUUCCUGAAGGCUGGCAGGCACCUAAACGCGUCUGUGGCUCCAGAGGGCGGCCCAGGGACACACACACAGUCAGCCAUCUCUCCUCCCAGCUAAGCCAGUUCCAGGUUCGCAGAUCCUCAACAUGGAAACCAAGGAAAUCCAUGUUCUCCGGUUGGAAAUUUCCAGAUAAGACUUUCUCUUUGAUGCUGGGGUUUUAUGAUCUUAAACUAGCCAUGUCAGGACCCUUGCUCGCCAGCUUCACCUGGAUCCCAGGGCAAGCAAUAGGCUGCAGCGCCCUAGGCCAGACCGUACGUCCUGCUGUGAAUGCUGAAUUUGGCAGCUCCUCCCCCUGGGGUGAGGAUGGAGCGAACCCAAGGACUUCAUCCCUGUCUGGGCGUGAGGUCACUGCCCAUCUCCUUUUCAGUGGAGCCCAGGUGUUUCUUGGCCAAGAAGAGGGCUUGUGGACUUAGGGCUGGCAUUUCAUGCAGCAGAUGCAUGAGGGCCUUGCCUUAUGCACUGGCUCUGUCCCUGAGCCUUGUGCAUGUCCAAGCCCCCCUGCAGGCUGGUCUGUGGUGUGACCUUGGGCCAGUCACUUUACCUCUGGGCCCAAAUGUUCUUAUCUGCAAAAUGAGGGGUAGGACAAGGCUAACAGACCCUGUGUGUGUGGUACCCAGUGCUAUAGUUUGUGUCACAUGAAAUGCCAGUUCUGAGGAGCACAGAUUCCUUUCAUCCCACCGCAGCCAAUUUGGGGAAGAGGAGGAAGGGCCAGGCUUCCUUGCCACACAGUGGCCCCUGAACCACUACAUGGGCUGGUGAAGAGCAAGCCCUGGUGGGGGCUGGCCAACCAGCUGCGUGAGCUCUGCCCUGCUGGCCUCCCUGUGAAGCUUGCCCACAGGCCAGAGCAGCCCAGGACAGCCUGGCAGUGGUCACAUUAUGCUGUGUUUGUAUCAUGCGGUCACGUGUUGUAAAUGCCUGUCAAAGCUGUGUCCAGCCAAGAAAUGGUUCUGAUUCACUUCUUGAGCCCAGCUUUGCAGAGCCCGGGUCUCUCUGAGCUGUACCCAGGUCCUGGCCAGACAGGCUACCUCCAGACCCCCUCAGUCAGUCCCCACCAGGCUGGGGAGCCCUAUGUCCCAUGCCUCCAACCUCCUCUGAGCUCCUGAGCCAUGACCAGCACCCCCUGCAACCUACUAUAUUAGUUGGGGUGCAGGAACCUCCCCACCCCACUGGUUCCUGCCCAUGGACCUUCCCUUACCUGGCACCUGGUGAGUGGUUUUCAAGGAAAUGCAUUUGUGACAGUUUUUCUGCAGCCCACCAGCAUCGCAUCUGGGCAAACCUGUCUUAAAAAGCCAGGCUUUUUAUUAUGAAGGGAAGAAAACUGCCCCCAGUAAUCACCACUGUCACCAGCCCUUGUGAGCCCUUUUGUCCUGGCCAUGGGCUCCCACGAUCACAUUGUGACCCAGGAGCACACUCACUUGGUUUAAUUCAAUGCCAUAUCACCAAUGGCCUUAUUUUUCUACUGCCUGUUUUCCAUUACAAAAGUUAAACAUUCUGAUGAAAAGGAAGUUGGGAAAUACAGGGAAGCAAAUGAUUACCUUCCACCAGACAGAUCAGUUUUUACAUUCUGUGUGUUGUCUUCAGAAGCCCCCUCUGCCGCUGUGCCCCUGUGUGUGUGUGUGUGUGUGUGUGUGUGAUCGUUUUAAAUGUGUUUCUAAUCAUCAGGUACACAUUUUCCUUUCUGGCUUAGAUUUCUAUUACAAAAGUCAUGUAUGUUGGAAAAAGAAUUUAACCGUAAUAGAGACACAGAAACUAAAAACAGCAGCCCUUCAUACAGCCAAACUCCAACAUCUGUUACUGAUUUCUACCAAAAAAACAAAUGUCCACCCACCUCAGCAGGUGGCUCCAGUGUGCAAAGUCCUUCUGGUGCCACCCAGCUCGAGGGGACAAUCGUGACAUGCCUUGGCUGUGAUGAUGAUUUCUGAGUCAGAGCUGGGACCAGCUCCGGAGAAUGUGACUUAACCUAGCCCAUCCCCCAGUCCCGUGAUACGGACUCUGAGUCUGGGAAAUGUGUCCACUGUGCUGCAGUGUGGGGCCUGGGGAUCAAGUGCAGAGAUAAGCUCUUGGUAACAAAACACACUUUCACUGUGAGAGGUUCUAGACCACUAGACUCCAAGGGCAGCUGGGCCUGAGUCCCCAGGCCCUGGAGGUGCUGACAUGGUCCCCAAGGGAGGUCCCCAUGCUUUGUUAACUCAAGACCACUGUCCUCAACAAGGGGAUGCUGGCAGAAACGAGUCUCUCAGAGCCCAACAUUCAUUGCUCUUAACUCCCGUUGCUGUGCUGCAGACCCUGAUGAGGGGAGUUGAAUGGUGGGACAUUAAGUCGGGCUCCCCUUUGGCACUGGCCAUGUUUUACCACCAGGGCAGUGGGGUGGUCUCGAGUUGCUUUUUGACCUGCUAUCAGUACACUGUGCAGAGAUAACGAAACAAGAGGCUUAGGUUCUACUUGUCUGAGAUCUUGGGGACCCCUCCCCCCUCUGUAGCUGGCUGUCUCUGUGGCUGUUUGUCCCCUGAUACCCCUCCCUGAAGAGGCACAGGACACCUGGUCCUUCGCCACUCUAGAAUCUAAACGCCACAGAAAGCUGCCUGGCUCCCUGCCUCCGGCAUCUGGUCUUGGGCCUCGUUGAGAGAGCCUCCCCCAGGGGUCCUGAGUGCUUGACAGGAGCGGGUGUCUGGCCCAGGAGUGCCCGUCUUUCACUGGGCCCUCUUCUUCAGGUGCGGCUGCAGGUCCAGAGCGUGGAGAAGCCCCAGUACCGAGGGACCUUGCACUGCUUCCAGUCCAUCAUCAAGCAGGAGAGCGUGCUGGGCCUGUACAAGGGCCUGGGUUCACCCCUCAUGGGGCUCACCUUCAUCAACGCGCUGGUGUUCGGCGUGCAGGGCAACACCCUCCGGGCCCUGGGCCGUGACUCGCCGCUGAACCAGUUCCUGGCGGGCGCAGCGGCAGGCGCCAUCCAGUGCGUCAUCUGCUGCCCUAUGGAGCUGGCCAAGACGCGGCUGCAGCUGCAGGACGCGGGCCCGGCCCGCACCUACCGGGGCUCCCUGGACUGCCUGGCGCAGAUCUACCGGAGGGAGGGGCUCCGCGGCGUUAACCGCGGCAUGGCGUCCACCCUGCUGCGUGAGACACCCAGCUUCGGUGUCUACUUCCUCUCCUACGACGUGCUGACGCGCGCGCUGGGCUGUGAGCCAGGCGACCGCCUGCUGGUGCCCAAGCUGCUGCUGGCGGGCGGCACGUCGGGCAUUUUGUCCUGGCUCUCCACCUACCCCGUGGACGUGGUCAAGUCGCGGCUGCAGGCCGAUGGGCUGCGGGGCGCCCCGCGCUACCAGGGCAUCCUCGACUGCGUGAGCCAGAGCUACCGGGCCGAGGGCUGGCGCGUCUUCACCCGCGGCCUGGCUUCCACGCUGCUGCGCGCCUUCCCGGUCAACGCCGCCACCUUCGCCACUGUCACCGUGGUGCUCACCUACGCGCGUGGCGAGGAGGCGCGGCCGGAGGGCGAGGCUGUGGCCCUGGCCCAGCCGUCCAGCCUGUGAAGCCCCGCACUCAGCUGGGCAGGGCCUGGCCUCCCCGGGGCCUCUUCUCAGCGACCCCAUGCAGAGGUGAACUGGCACCGCAGCUGACCGCCCCGUCCAGCCGCAGUGGGCUGUGGAUUCCCAUCGGGCCUGGGUUGAAUGCCACUCAUUAGAUGGGUUGCCUUGGCCACACACUUGACGUCCUCGGAUUUCUCAGCUGUGGAAAGGGCCUCCUCACACCCAUCUUGUGCCAUCAGGAAGCUUGGAGGUGAGGCCUGUGCAGCGUGCAGCACUGAGCCUGGACGUGUAGCCUACACUCCAGCCCUUCUCUGAGACCCCAGCCACCACCCGCCCAUGUGCUGAUCAGUGAUUCACUAACUGUGGAUCCUCCACCUGGCAGGGCUCCAGGGUCGUUCCUUGGCCACCUGUGCAGCUCUGUUAGGGACAGAGCAGCAGCCGGAGUGCUUCCUGGAGGUAUUGAGCUGCACCUCAGCUUCUCUGUGUGGCACUGCUGGGAAUACUACCACUGGAGGCUGACCUGGGCAACCAGCUAAGAAGCCAUGGACCUCCAGGAGGCUCCGUUAGCCUAAGGAUGGGGGUGAGGACCAGGCACAGGCUAGUGGGGCAGCUGUCACCAUUCCAUACAGCUGUGGCAGAGGGAAGGCUUUUCACCCUCUGGACCUCAGGCCACCAGUCUGUAGAAUGGGGACAUAGGUCAGCUGAUUUCUGGCGCUCUGGCCCACUACAUUCCCCAAAGUGUGCAGAGGGGUCAGCAGUCAGCAAGAUCAGUAUAGGAUCCCCACUCCCCAGCACAUGGUGUCUUUCCGGGGCAAUCUCACGGAACUGGUAUUCCCAUGAGGCCACAAAGGAACUGUUAGUGGCUCAGGUGUGAACUCUCCAGGCUGAGGGGGACCGGAGUUCACACUCUAGGGACUGUCUCCACAAGCCAGGGUGUGGUGUAAGCUUGGGGCAGCCCCAGCACAGGGAGUACCGCGUGGCUGACUGAUUGGACAGGGAAGCAGAUUGCUUUGCACAGGUUGGAGGUGACAGGCAUCCUUUGCCCUGAAUGGGGCUUGGCCUCCUGGGCAGUGUGACAAGCUGUCCCCAGAGGCGGGCUGUGCUCAAGGAAGAUAAGACUCCAUCCUGUAUGCAUAUGGCAUCAUUGUACAGAAACCUCCCAGGGAAUAAAGUAUUGUUUUUUUAA